AUGUCGCCUUCUUUCGCCAUUGCGCCGGCUUGCAUGGUCGAAGCCCCUGGUACAAAUACUAUUGGUUCAGUGCUUCAGCGCCAUUUUCCACCUUCGGUCCAGAUCAAAGAGAUAUAUCCCCUGGAGGGCCAUCUACACUCUGUCAGUCUCUUGAAACUAUCGAAUGGGACCCAGUGGCUGCUGAAAUGUCCACCUCGAUCGACGACACCCCUUUUACGGCGCGAGCAGCUUCUGCUCGAAACUGAAGCACGAGCGCUGUCUAUUCUAGGGCAGAGCGCGACCCCACACGUACCAUCAUUCGUGCACUAUGGUUUUCAAGGUGGUCCUUUUGAUUCUGCUUUCUUGGUCCGGCAUUAUGUCACAGGUUCGACCCUGAAGGAGAUAGGGCCCCAGCUUACGGCACACGAACGCCGAAAGCUGGACCGGGAUCUGGGAUCACUGGCUCAACAAAUUGGGCAGCAUCUCUCUAAUUCCUUCGGCUCACUGGAGCAAGUGGCCUGUGGGCGUGGGAAGCUGUCCUGGAGGGACGCUUUUGUCGCACUCUUCGAGGACAUCCUGCGUGACUCAGAAGAUGCUUUCGUUCACUUGCCCUAUUCCGAACUAAGGCAUCAAGUUCGCCGCUUGUCGUAUGUCCUGGAGGAAGUCACCCUACCACAAUUGGUAGUGAUUGGCUUGGGUCGACCAUCACAAGUCUUUCUGGACCCGGUGUCCAGAAGAUUGUCUGGAGUAACGGGCUUCGGACACGCAUUGUGGGGUGAUAUAUGUAUGGGGGAGAUCUUCGAAGACCCCUCACCCGCUAUGCUUGAAGGCUUUGGGGCUCGAAUAACGAAGAGCAAGUCACAGACGACUCGUCAACUACUCUAUGCUUGCUACCGUUCAGUCCAGAAAAUCACGAUACACUAUUACCGUGACAAGGAAAUGACCGCUGAGAUGGAGGCGAGAAGACAACUAACAACGACCCUUGCAGCAAUGGUCUCUGCGAGAAUGGCGCAUUUCCUGAGAGGGAAACAGGCCGGCAUCCAGAAGGACUUCUCUGAUGGUUUGUCGCCGGACCUGUUCGCCCUCGAUGAUUUCGCUCGCUGUGGUAUCAAUUCCCAAGUCAGUGCUAUCGCCUACGACCCGAUCCAGUCCCUCCUUGCUGUCGGAACCAGUGAUACGCAAUUUGGACAUGGUCAGAUCUAUGUGUUUGGUCAACGGCGGGUAUUUGCGGUUUUCGCGCUGCCUCGCAAAGCGUCCGCCAAGUUCCUUCAAUUUUGUGCCGAUAAGCUCGUCAGUGUCGACUCGAAAAGUGAAGUGACAAUCUUUUCCCUCGAAACGAGAAAAACAUUGGUCUCAUACGCACCCCCAAGUCAUGCGAGCGCGUUGUUGACUGACCCGAGUCUCGACUAUGCUUUCAUUGGUCUGCAGAAUGGCGAUAUUAUUGCAUAUGAUCUCGAUCGUGAAACUUUGACCCCCUUCAGGGUCCCUAACUUGUGGGCUCAACGCAAUGCACGGACGCGGAUGAUUCCGGUCAUUAGUCUUGCCUUCUCUCCUCGCGAUAUUGGCAAGAUCUUGGUCGGAUAUCCGGAUGGUGCAGUGACAUUCUCUUUCAAACAAAACGUCGCACAAAAAUACUUCGAAUAUGAAGUGCCCCCGGGCGCGCUCGGCGGGAAUGGAGAAGUCCCGAUUCCAGAAUUGCGCAGACCCAGAUUGACACAAGCUCUCUGGCACCCAAAUGGUAUCUUUGUUUUGACAGUUCACGAGGACAACAGCCUGGUCUUCUGGGAUUCAAAAGACGGUCGCAAGGUCAUGGCUAGGUCUAUCGACACCCCUAAUAUUGAUCAGCCAGGCGUAGCCUCUGAAAGGCCUUCAUCGGCGGGAGCUACUGCAUUCAAGGAUCCAAUUACGCACGUUGCGUGGUGCGUCAAGGACAAUGGCGAUGACAGUGGGCUCUUGAUUUCUGGUGGCCGGCCGAAGGCUGAACCCAUGAAGGGUCUUACGUUUAUUGAUCUGGGCCCUACCCCUAAUUACCAAACUUCUACUUGGCCGAUGAUCUCGAAAUACUUCGAAUCUCCAAGACGUGUUUCUGUCUUACCCACGCCUCCUGGCGGUGAAGUGAUCGAUUUCUGCCCCAUACCCCGCAGCACGCCUUAUUUUGGUGGCGCUCAUGAUCCCAUUGCGCUGAUUGCGCGCCUGUCUUCUGGAGAACUGAUUACUAUGAGCUUUCCGACUGGACACCCAAUCACGCCCACGAAUAUGCUUCACCCUUACCUUUCCUUUGUGCACCCUUUCGUGAAUAAGGCGACUCUAACCGCCGUUGAUCGAUCUGCUUGGCUGGGUUUGAAAGAGCGUAGGUCACAGGGGCCUAAGUUUCUUCUGGGCGGCGCAGAGGCCAAGAGGGCACUUAAACGCUUCGAGGACCGAAAUAUCAUCACCACCGCCCAUGCAGAUGGCACUAUUCGCAUUUGGGACGGGGGAAUUGAUGACGAGAUUGAGAAUGGGGAGGUCGUACAAGUGGAUCUAGCUCGCGCAGUAGGUCGUGUGGGCAAUAUCGAGGUCACUGAGAUGUCUUUAAGUGGUUCCACGGGCGAAUUGUCGGUAGGGCUUAGGACUGGCGAGCUCAUCGUCUUCCGAUGGGGCAACAACAAGAAUUUCGGCGUUGAGGAGCCCCCGGGUGCCAAUGAAGGCCCCGGCAAGUUGACCACGAUCACCCACCGGGUCGAUCCCGGACUCAAGCAAGGCAUGCUUCCUCUCACUCUUCUCAACAUGCAGCAAGGGCCUGUGACUGCCUUGAAACACAGCCAGGUUGGCUUUGUCGCAGUUGGAUUCGAAAGCGGAAGUCUAGCAAUUAUCGACUUGCGUGGGCCGGCGAUUAUUCAUACCGCCCAUUUCUCCGAGCUGCUCAAGGCAAACAAGAGAAAUAGCUUUUUCAAACAACGCAGCUCUGAGUCCCCCUCUCCGGAGUGGCCCACCUGUAUCGAGUUCGGAGUACUUACGCUCGAAGGAGAAGACUACUCCAGCAUAUGCUGCUUUGUGGGUACCAGCAAAGGUAAUUUGGCGACUUUCAAGAUCUUGCCAGCGGAAAACGGGACCUAUUCGGCAGUCUUUGCUGGUGCAACUUUGUUGGACGAUAAGGUCAUCAACAUCAUCCCAAUCAAUGCUGAUAGUGGUAGUCCUGCUUCAGCUUCUCCUAAUGCAGUCGGCGGCUUGCGCAAUGGCAUCAGAGUGAAUGGAGUAGUGGUUGCGGUGACCGUGUCAGGGUGUCGGAUUUUCAAGCCUGCAACAUCCAAGGGUGCCCAUAGGUCUUGGGACGAUUACCUGUGCGAUUCCGCUACGGUAGUUAAGAUUGAAGGUCGUGGCUACAGCCUCGUUGGUCUUUUCGGAGACGGAAACACCCGGGCUUUCUCUAUUCCAGGCCUCAAAGAAAUCGGUUGCAGCGCAAUCAGUCAGAUCGCCGACAUGAGGCGACUUUCGGAUGCUCAUGUCUCCUCUAGUGGAACCGUCAUGAUUUGGACAAGUCCUUCAGAAGUCGGGCUAUUCAGCGUCUGGGGAGCAGGAACCGGCCUGUGA